GUCCUUAGAGAACUGGGAUGCUGGGGUGCAUGGCUCUGGUCUCCACCAUCUGACCACCUUGGUGGCACAGCUCCGGGCUGCCCCCCUCCUUGCUGUGAUGCUCACAUGAAGCGCGUCUGCUUUUAAAAGGAGGGCCCCAGGUUGUGUGUUGCUCUUUGCUAUUUGGCCACGGUAUCUGUUACGUACUAAUUUCCCUUCAGCCUUGUGCUGAAGUUGGUAAACCACAGCCUGCCGCCAGGGCUCUCCGGGCUGGUGCUUUCCGCUGCCGUGCGCUCUUGACAUGUCUAUUCCCAGCUGGGACAGCUCGGUCGUGCUCAGUCUCCGGCAACAUGGACCAAAGGGAGAUUGUGCUGCAAAACCUGGAAAGGGCACAAAGCAAGAAGCUCAACCGAGAGAAGUUUGCCGAGGAGUUUUCGAAGCUGAAAAGGCAGUCAACAAAGUACAGAUCAGAUAAAAUCUACCCUACAGCAGCAUCUGAGCAACCAGAGAACAUCAAGAAGAACAGAUACAAGGAUAUCUUACCCUUUGACCACAGCAGAGUGGAGCUGUCCCUGAUUACAUCCGAUACAGAUUCUCAUUACAUCAAUGCCAACUUCAUCAAGGGCGUCUAUGGGCCAAGAGCUUACAUUGCAACGCAGGGUCCCCUCCCCACUACUGUCAUUGACUUUUGGAGGAUGAUUUGGGAGUAUGAAGUCCUGAUUGUGGUCAUGGCUUGCAUGGAGUUUGAAAUGGGAAAGAAGAAAUGCGAGCGGUACUGGGCAGAGGUGGACGGCUCUCCCUUGCAGUGCGGUCCUUUCUCCAUUGCCUGUGAAGCUGAAGAGAAGAAAAAUGAGUAUGUGAUUAGGAGGUUAAAGGUGACCCUGAAUGAGGAAAUCCGCACCGUCCACCAGUUCCACUAUAAAAACUGGCCUGACCACAACGUGCCCUCAUCCAUUGACCCCAUCCUGGAGCUCAUUGGCGAGAUUCGCUGCUACCAGCCAGGUGACAGUGUCCCCAUCUGCAUCCACUGCAGUGCAGGCUGUGGGAGAACAGGAGUCAUCUGUGCAAUUGACUACACCCAGAAGCUGCUGAGGGACAGGAUCGUUCCAGUGAACUUCAGUGUUUUUAGCCUGAUCCAGGAAAUGCGCACACAAAGGCCUUCCAUAGUGCAGACCAAGGAGCAGUAUGAGCUGGUUUAUGAUGCGGUGAUUGAGCUCUUCAAAAGGCAGAUUGAAGCACUCGAUGCCCAGGAAGACUCUGCUGCUUCCCAGGUGCAAGCAAAGCAUCCUGCAGCCAAGCCACUUCUGAGUCCAGUGGAAGAUAUUUAUUCCCUGAGUUUAUUAACAUGUUCAGAGCAAGAGAAGCAAGAUGUGCAUCAGCGCCUUCCUCCAGUGGUACAAAGCAAAGCAUCCCUGACAUCGUUGUCUGCCACAGGAGUACAGGAGAGCUCUGCAUGUGGAGUCCCUCCCAUCAGACAAGCCAUCUCCUUCAGCACUUUGAACUGCAUCACCUGCACGAAGGCAGCAACCGCUGAGGAGUGGGACACUGGGGAUGCUUUUCAGAAGCACCACAGUUUGGAUUUCAAGCGCAUCUCUCCUGAGCAGCUGCUUUUGAACCUGGAGCCAACGGGAGCAGGCAGGAGAGGACCUCACAGCAGGGCACCUCUGACAUGGGCUGCAUCGACCCCUUUUGUGCUGGCACAGCAGGGAGAAGGCUGGCAAUGGGACAGAGGGGAUGCAAAGCCUGGUUUGAGUUCACGGUUGCCAAAUGCCUGUUCCUCAAGCUUUCAGAUGAAGAAGCAGGAUGGAUUUUCUCCUGUUGAGCUGAACCACUUGAGACAAGAAGCAUACGGCCCUCCAAAGCACAGGGACCGUGGGCAACGUCCUCACUCUUGCUUCUGCUCAGCAGAAGACCCCUACUUCUCUUCACUCUCCCCAGAUGAACCCAUGUCCUCGGUGUUUACUGAGUGCUUUGCACAGAGCCAGGAUGCACUUCUCCUUCCUUGUGCUGUGAGUGCUCCACCACAGCCUGCUGUGGCCAGCCCCCUACCAUCCAGAUCCGCAUCCCACCACACUCACCUGCUGCAGGAUGAGAGGAUAUCCUCCCUGACCACACCGCCAGAGCCAGAUGAUGAUGAUGAUGAUGAUGAUCCUCCACCCCUGCCUGAGCGAACCCCUGAGUCCUUUAUCGUGGCCAGUGACUUCGGACAAUUUCCUCUGGCAACCUCUGAUUUUCAGCUUCCAGCCAGAGAUACACAUGUCAGAACCUCUCUGGAGCGGAGGAGCAAGUCUCACUCAGAGGUGUUCGAUGACUCAGUGAGACUGAGACCAUGUAAGAGUGUGAAGCUUCGGAGCCCACAAGCAGAGACAACCUGGGAUUGCUCUAGCUCUCCUCCUCCGCUUCCUGAAAGAACCCCGAACUCAUUUGUUCUUGAUGAUGCUGCAAGUCUGCAGCCUGCUGUAAGAAAUCCUAUGCGUCCUGAAGGCUUGGAGAGCAAUGCUGCCAUAACAUCAUCAAAAAAGUCUACUAACUGCUUCAGGAGAAGCAAGAGCUUGAAAAUACUGAAAAACAUGAGGAAGAGCAUCUGUAGUCCAUCUUCACUGACGAAAGCGCCAGAUUCUGCCCCGUCAAACAGUUCCAGGUCCUUCCUUAACUUUGGCUUUGCAAAUCGAUUUUCAAAACCUAAAGGACCAAGAAAUCCACCACCAGCAUGGGAUAUUUAGGUAAUUGGCAUUGUAGAUUUGUAAGGCACUACUUGCUCAUUCAUUAACUAAAGUUUUGAAGUAAAGAAGAACAUGAAAGUACCAGCAGGACAGCACCUUCAGUUAAUUUAUAGCAGGAUGGAAAUGAAAACCAGACCAUUUUAUGCUAAGGAGGGAUAAAUUUUUUGUUGUGUUUCGGAAUGUAUCCUCUGCAAAAGGAUGGAUUUGAGCUUUCUAAACCAGCAGAGCAAACUGGUGAUAGGAUCUAGUGAAGACUCCUGAAUGAUAUGGAAGGCCAACAGCAUGGACCAAUGCAGAAUGAGUCUCCAGAUGGUGCAGACACAGCAUCUGCCUGACUUCACUCAAGUGUGUAGGUUUACCAUAAUGAAAGACACUUUAGGAGUCAAAUUCCUUAAAUGUUUACAUCACUUGGAGUGACACGGACGAGCAUCUCCAAUUUCAGAAAUAACUUUUCAGUUCUUUUUUCAUCUGAGCAAAUCAGAUAAUUUAUCUAGGUUUUUGGUCAGUAAGACCCAAGAUGCCAAUUGAUCAUAUAGAAACUAAACCAGUGUACCAGGCUGCAGAAUUCCCUGACCAAACAGCCCCUGCUGUCUGGAAAAUAAAUGACUUGGUAUGAUUAUUUUUCUGUAGAAAGAAGAAAAAAAGAGGAUUUCCUUUUUUUUUUUUUUUUUUUUUAAAUUAAAGGGAAAAAACCUACCUGGAAAAUUGUCUUCAGUUGUGGGCCCCACUACACAAAAAAGAUGUGGACAGGUUCAAGAGGGUCCAGAGAAAGGCCACAAAGAUGAGCCAAGGUCUAGGAAGCUGUGGGAGGAAAGGCUGAGAGCUGGAUCUUUUCAGUCUGGGGAAGGCUCAGGGAAGACCUUGUCACCAUGUGCCAGUAUUUAAAGGGUGGCUACAAAGGCAACAGAGACUCCCUUUUGACAAGGAGUCCCAUGGAAAAGACAAGGGGUGAUGGGCACGAGUUACUCCUGGGGUGAUUCUGACUGGACUCAAGAGGAAAGUUUUCCCCAAUGAGAACAACCAGCCAUUGGAAUAAUCUCCCCAGGGAAGUGGUGGAUUCCCCAACAUUGGACACUGUUAAACUUUGGCUGGACAGGGUGCUGGGACAUCAAGUCUAGGUCAUGCUUUGCCUGGAAAUGUUGGAUCAGAUGAUACUUGAGUUUCCUUCCAAACUGGGAUUCUGUGAUUCAAAGAGGGAUUUGGGGAAUUUGUUUGAGAGCAAUUUGCUGACUGCUAUGGGAAGAGAGACCUCAAGCUGGUUUAAAACUACUUUUGCUGGGGCAAUGGCCAAUACAGCCCAAAACCAAACUGCCUUAUUUAUGACUUGAAGAUAGGCUGAGAACGU